UGAGCCGGGGAAGCGUGGGACAGUCGGGAUUCUGCUGUUGAAGUCUCCGCGUUCCUGCUUCUGUGUGGUGUCGCAGUGCUGCGCCAACAGACCGUUGAAUCCUGGUCAUCUCUGUUCGCGAAGUGCUACCUAUUUCCAGGGCAAGCCUAAGCCGUCACCAUGGGAGAGCAGGGCCCACUCUGCGUCAACGUGCAUGCCACAAAUGCCACCACAGAAAACCUGAGUCGCCAUGACAUGCUGAACUGGGUGAAUGAUUGCCUCCGGACAAAUUACACCAAAAUUGAGGAGCUCUGUUCAGGAGCUGCCUAUUGCCAGUUCAUGGACAUGCUCUUCCCUGGUUGCGUGAGCUUGAAAAAAGUAAAGUUCAAGACAAAUCUUGAACAUGAGUACAUCCAGAACUUCAAACUGCUUCAGGCUUCGUUCAAAAAAGUGGGCGUGGACAAGAACAUCCCCGUGGACAGAUUGAUCAAGGGACGCUUUCAGGACAACUUCGAGUUUGUCCAGUGGUUCAAGAAGUUCUUCGAUGCCAACUAUGAUGGCCGCCCGUAUGAUCCUGUGGAGGCGAGAGGCAACACAUCAGUCAUUGGCAGCGGCGGCACGUCUGGCUCCACCUCUCGUAUUGCAAACAACCACAAGGUUGCUGCUUCACGACCAGUGCAUGCGACCAAGCCCAUGGCGCGAAACGCUCCGGUGUCCAAGCCCAUCGGAGCAGCAACGCGGAUAACUGGAAGCACAGGAGCCGGCGACUCUCACAGGCUUGAGGAGCUCACUAACCAGGUUGCGGAGUUGAAGACGACUGUAGAUGGCCUGGAAAAGGAGCGGGACUUCUACUAUGGCAAACUUCGCGAUAUUGAAGUCCUGUGCCAGGAGUGUGAACAGAAGCAUGGAAAGUCUCAAGUUGUCGACCAGAUCCUCGAGAUUCUCUACGCCACUGAGGAGGACCUUCAGGAAAACGAGUGUGACAACCAGUCACCGCGCGAGGGCUUCUCGGUUCCCGAGGACUACGUUGAAGAUGGCGGUAAUGUAGCUGGAGGUGAAGAGGAAGAAUACUAAACUUCUCAUCCGCUUUGGUUUGGGACCUUCUGCAAGACGGCUUACUGUUUGGCUUUUGGUCUGACAAAGACGACGACCAAUCAGACGCUACAGAAGAAAAGACUGUUAGUGUGUUUCGUUCAGUUUCCGUUCCCAAAGCACCUCUCCUCCCUGUGCCUUCAGUUAGAGUGACCUAGAAUUGGAGAGUGCCCGGAACGCGCUUCCAAAAGGGAAGCCAAACGGCCGUAACACCAUUGGGGGCGCUGCGAUUGGUAGCACUGGGGUUUGUAUCUUGGCAAGGGGCAGUGUUCUCUUUUUUUUUAAUACUUCUUGCAUUGAUGUUUAUAUUAUUUAUACUGCUGCUUAAUACUUGCUUUCGUUGCUAUGUAAUGCAAGAAAGAGUGAAGUAUAACAUGGAAGAAUAACAAAAUUGCUGAGGUUCGAACCCCGGUCUUUUGCAUGGGAAGUAGACAUUCUACCUCUGCACCACGCUGCGUGGGUGCUACCGAUCGCAGAGCCCCCAAUGGCAUUACGUUUUUUUGGGUUCACUUUGACUGCAUUGAAUGAGCGGCUGUUCCAGACACUCUCAAUGUUCUAGUACUCUCUACUUCAGUUUUUGACCCCCUAUCGAGCGAUGCUUUGACGUUCUACUUUUUUUUCCCUUGCUGUUGCUGCAGAAUGGGGGGGGUGACCACAUUAACUGUCCAAGCAGGAUUUACCUGAGGCAUUGAAGUACCGCUAGCCAAAGCAAUACAUUGACUUGUGGCUUUUGCGAUUUUUUUUUUGUUUUUUGUUCCCAAGGGUAGGCACUUUUUUAACGAAAUUCUUGAGCUCUUUUGUGGUCUUUCUUAUGACAUUGCUUAUUUUUCCCUUCGUCGAGAUUGCUUUAUGAUCUCAUGUGUGCUGCCCACAUGAUUUGAAAACGUGUAAAUGUUGUUAGGUUUGGAGGAGGUGUAUUUUCUUUAUAUGCACUCUUCUCCCUUUUAACGGUGUCUUCAAGUUGUGUUUAAUCCAAUAUUUAUAGCCAUGGUCAGUUUGAAUGGUGAGAGUGGCCACUUUGUUUUUUGGCCCCCUCUUUAUUUUAUUUUGAAAGACGCAAAUGCAAAGUGGAGGAUGGAGAGCAUGUUAAGUCGUGGGCGUUCUUUCUUGGUGGCUCUGUGUCUGUUGGUGUUCCCAGAUAACCAGAGUUUAGGUCAUCCAGUCUCUCCUUACCUUUUGACCUCACUGUUAUAAGAAUGCAGUAGUUUCCCACUGAAUGCUAAGACUACUACUGAGCAACUGCGCUAAUACUGAACAAUAUCGUUGCCAAUGCAGUCUGUGCCCGUUUCAAUGUGGCCAGAGAGAUGAUGCAAUAGUGCAUAUAAGACCUUGGCACACGGCUUUGCUAGAUCGUCCUGCUGCUUUGCUAGGGCAUGUUCAACCCGGUGGUAACAUUGAAAAUAGACGGUGAGAAGUGCUUGAUAGUUUAGUGUGGCAGCUGAUUGUUAGAUGCGCCUUGGAGAAGAUCAAUUGCAUUUUUGAGAGCCUGAAAUUGCCAAAUCGCGCACCAAGGAAGGCCUUGUAGAGGCAUCUGGGGUUUACAUGGUCCAAACAUGGCGCAUGAGUUCAGUAUUAGCGGAGCAGCUUCUUGCCCUCACUAUAGCAGUUGGUUUGAAAGUUUUAUGGUUUCUCUGUUUAAACCCGGAUGCACCUUGUAAAUACGGACUUGUAAGCCUGUUGGUGUUUCAUCACUGUGCACAUGUUCAGAUUAUAACGCAGUGAAGGGCUCCUCAUUCUGUGUUGUUUUACAGCAGUUUCCUCCACCUUUGGCUAUUUUUAGACUAAUGCGAAAUUGAUGACACUGCUGUACACUGACAUGCGUUUUUUGCUGUCUUUACACUAACGGCAAAGUUAUGCAAUGCGAAGUGAGCCUUGCCAGUGUAAAAUGACAUUGGCAUUAAGUUAUGGUGCAGUUGUCAAUAAAGCGAGUUCUACUCCUGAUUUGGUUCUUAGUUUCUUGUGUUGUCAUAGCUUGUUUACCUUGUCAGCAUAGCCAGCUCUGCUUGGUGACAAAUUUGCCAUGUUGCAAACCUUCUCUGUGGAAAAAUAAAGUUGCAAUGCUAUUCUUUAUUGUA